AUGAUAUCUGACGAUAUUUAUUCUUUUACCAAAAAAACCACAAAAAAGAAUGACAAGGUUGUAACUAAAAAAAAUGUACAUUUUAACAAUAAAAAGAAUAAUGUUUCAAGAGAUGUUUUUAAAGAUAUAUAUAUUCCAUCAAAAUAUGUAAUAUCAAACAAUUCUCGUCUAAAAAAAGAUUUAUUUGAUAUAGAAAAUAAUAAAAGUAGAAUAGAAACAAUUCCUGAAAAGCAAUACAUUAAUACAAGCCAAAAACAUAAUAAGAUUUUUAAUAUUACAAAUUUAGUAGAACAAACUACAUUACCAAUUCCAAUUAUUUCAGAUAUUUCAACAAAUUAUCAGAAUAAUCUUAUUUUUGGAAGAUUUAAAUUAUGGUUUGUGGUAAUUUUUGCUAUAUUCUACAGUAUAUUAAUUGUGGCAUCAAUUAUAAUAUGUCGAAUUGAUUUAAAAGUAAGAAAUACAACAGUAGCAUGUAGAAAAAAAUCUUUAAUUUGUGAAAGUGAACUUAAAAAUUCUACUACAAAAGCUCCACCAAGCUUGACACCUCCAAAAUAUCAUGAUGAAAAUAAUAUUAAAAAUGAAAUUUAA